AUGGCAUCUCAAGCCAACAACAGAUUAGCCUUUCAAGAGACAGACGAGACAGACAGUCCAACCGCGACCUAUGUCUUCUCCGAGCAAGAUUCAUCAAAAGGAUCCCGAGCGCGGGUGGAUGUUAUGAGCUCGCCGCCUACUUCAUCAUGGUCCGCCAAGCCUCUCGUAACCACGCUGAGGGAUAUCUUUUUACCAUCCGGAUACCCUCAAAGUGUGAGCGACGACUAUCUACCAUAUCAAAUUUUUGAUUCCCUGCAAGCAUUCUGCAGCUCCAUCGCCGGCCUUCUCUCCUCGCGAGCGGUAUUACAAGGAGUCGGCGUGGGCAAUGCCAGCGCUUCACCAACAAAUGCUCUCCUUCUGCACAUCCUGCAAGACUCCUCCGGGCGCGUCGCAACAAUCCUGUUCGCGCACAGAGUCGGCACAGCGCUUGAGCCGGAAUGCAAGACAUACCGACUAGCAGCAGAUGUGUUCAACGACAUCGCCAUGAUCCUCGACUGUCUUUCGCCCAUGGUGCCGGCCGGCGUAGCGCGAGUAACUGUCCUCAGCGCAGCCGGGAUCCUACGAGCUCUAUGCGGCGUAGCAGGCGGAAGUUCAAAAGCGAGCCUGAGUGCCCAUUUCUCGCGAUGGGGCAAUCUGGCCGAGCUUAAUGCGAAAGAUUCCUCUCAGGAGACUGUGAUAUCCCUCCUAGGCAUGCUUGUCGGUUCGCUCGUCAUAUCACAUAUAACAGGCUUCAAAACCACCUGGGCUGCGCUCCUCGUCCUCCUCGCAGCCCACCUAAGCCUAAACUACGCCGCCGUGCGCGCCGUGCAAAUGACCAGUCUAAACCGACAACGAGCAAACAUCGUCUUCUCAGCCUUCCUCUCCUCACUCGACGACAGCCUCCUCACCACCAACCAGAGCACCAGCAAACAAGUCACCAGCAACAACAACAACAAGCAACCGACAAUCCUCACCCCAGCCCAAGCCUCACACCAAGAACGCAUCUUCCCCCGCGACGGCGUCCUAGAAUGGACCCCGUCCCCCUCCACACCAAGCACCUACCUCGGCACAGCCGAAAUAGGCGUAUCGCUCCCCCAGUUCCUCACCACCACCCACUCCCAUCCCCACUCCAGCACGACCACGAGCGGAGCAUCCUUCCAAACAAGCAUCCCAAUGGAAAAACUCCACAAGCUCUUCGCAGACGAAGGACACAUCCUCUUCCUCUUCCCGCGCGGCAGGGGGCAAGGCACGGCAAAGUCCACCUGGCACGCUUCCAUGCUGCUGAAGAAAGGGUGUUCGGUGCAAGCGCAGCUGAAAGCGUGGAUGCAUGCGCUCUUGGCAGCGCGUGUUUUGUCCGAGUCUGAGGUGCCGACUGAUGGGGGUGUAGAGGAUGUUUUCUCGGCUGUGGAGCGGACGCUUGGGGUGUUGAAUGCUGGUGCGAGUGAGCGGUGUUUUGCGGCGUUGGCUGGGGUGGGGUGGGUGCUUGAUAUUGGGGCGUUGGAGACGCGGGGUGGACGGCGGGUUGCUUGUGUUGAGUGA